AUGCUCUCCUUUCUCCGCGGAUCAGGUCCUCCCGUGCGCACCACCAAUGCAGCAAACAACCCCAUCUUCUACGAACACGGCCGCUCGAGACUCGAAUUUCACGCCCCCAACUCUCCAUUUCUCAUGACCAACGCCAUCCCGCCGACGACACCCGCGCAAGGCGCAUCGAUCAUGCAACCGCCGUUGCAUUUCCACAUUCACCAGACCGAGAAAUUCCACGUCCGUUCCGGCACGGCCACGUUCUGGAAAGGAAGUGGAGCUGACCCGUGGCUCAUGCUCUCCUCGGAACCAGGACAGCCUUCGACAGCGACAGUUCCGCCCGGCACCUGCCAUCGCUUCGAGAACGCUUCCAUGACAGAGGACCUGGUCGUCGACGUGCAGCUGGAUCCGGAGGACUAUGAGGCCGAGCAGCGCUUCUUCCGCAACUUCUUUGGAUAUUUGGAUGAUUGUCGGAAGGCGAAUGUUGAGCCUACUCUGUUUCAGUUGAUGGUUUUCUUGGAUAGUGCGGAUACGCCGUUGGCAUUGUCGCUGCCGCUGGUGAACAAUGAAUGGCUGGGUGGAUGGGUUAGUAGGCUGUUUUUGACGGUGAUGGCUUUCUGGGGGAGGUGGCUACUCGGGUAUCAGACAUCUUAUUCGGAGUAUUAUGAGCCAGGGAAAUCAAGGUAA